CUCAACAGACCUCUUUGCCUCAUUUGAUAAUCCCAAAAAUCUUCUUCUGUACAUCUCGCUGCAAAGGGGCUUUCCAUUGUCGUCUCUGUCUCCGUUCGCCAUCGUCGUCUCUGUCUCCGGUCGCCAUCAAAGCAAGCCUUCUUUCUCGCCCUUUGUCUCAUCGAGGGGAAUCACCCAGGAAUUUGUUUUUAGGCUUAACUCACACCUUCCACUGCAUCCGUUUCCGUCGCUGCCGGUACCUUUCGGUUAAUGGACAAAGUUUGGUGGAAACUUUAGGAGGCAAUGACGAGGAAAAGGGGUUGAUGGGGUCACUUGACGAGUUAAAAGAAAGUAGCAUUCCCCUGUCUCCCCAGUGGCUUUAUGCUAAACCGAGCGAGACUAAGAUGGUUCAGACUCUGAACAAUCCAAGCGUAGAAGAGUUCCAUAAAGUUCUUGAUUCAUUUCAACCAAGUUUUGUGUAUUUGCAAGGAGAACAGCUUUCGAAUGAUGAAGUUGGAUCUCUGGUGUGGGGAGGUGUUGCCUUAUCUACUACUGAAGCCAUAUCCGGGCUUUUUGGUUCCACAUUGCCAAAUACUGUACGUGCUUGGAUUUUAUACCAUGGACAACGCGGUGGAGGAAGUGUGAAAAAUUGGAAGUCAACUUGCACCAGGAAUUAAUGAACAAUGUGAAGAUUGACAAAUUGAUCUAUUUUUGGCAAAUAUUGGAUUUUCUUUUUAAUUUUGGCACAUUGAACAAUAAUGAAUUGUAAAAUGCCUUGAUCCUUUGAUAUGUUUAAUGGUAAAUUUAAAUAUGGAUUGUUUUGGGUA